UGCUCAAGUUCAGGAUCACACUAUAGUUUUCGGUGUUAAACUUUCUUCAAGACAAACACAACAUCAACCAAACCAUGCAUAGUAAAGAUCAAAUCUGCUUUGAGGACUACCAGAGAACUGCAGACUGGCUUCUGUCCCAGACACAUCACAGACCAAAAGUAGCCAUCAUCUGUGGAUCUGGACUUGGCAUGCUGGCAGACGCAAUCAAGUGCCAAGACUCAUUCAAAUACUCUGACAUCCCUGGCUUUCCUCAAAGCACAGUGAAGGGCCAUGCUGGAAGGCUGAUUUUCGGGGAGCUUAAAGGGAAGACUUGCGUGUGCAUGCAGGGCCGAUUCCACAUGUAUGAGGGACAUUCACUGUGCAAGGUCACUUUUCCAGUAAGAGUGUUUAAGCUUCUGGGUGUCGACACCUUGAUUGUCACUAAUGCUGCUGGAUCUUUAGCAGACAAUUAUAGCUGUGGUGAUAUUAUGAUCAUCCGUGACCAUAUAAACUUUCCUGGACUCGCUGGACUGAAUCCACUGAAUGGACCUAAUGAUGAUAAGUUUGGUCCUCGGUUUCCUCCUAUGUCUGGAGUCUAUGACAAAGGCCUGCGGAAGAUGGCGUUUGACAUCUGUAAGAGCAUGGGCGUCUCCCAGUAUGUCCGAGAGGGCGUGUAUUGCAUGGUGGGAGGGCCCAACUUUGAGAGCAUAGCUGAAGCCCGCCUUUUGCACAGACUAGGAGUGGAUGCAGUUGGUAUGAGUACUGCACCAGAAGUGCUGGUUGCCAGUCACUGUGGCAUGAGAGUCUUUGGUCUUUCCCUCAUCACUAAUAAAGUGGUGAAAAGCUACGAGGACAAUGAGACUGUCAAUCAUGAAGCCGUGCUGGAGGUGAGCAAAAUGCGCUCAGAGACACUGCAGGCACUCGUCACAGAGCUUGUCAGCAGCAUGGACAUCAAUAACAACACUGCGUGAUGACAUCAGCACUGUUACUGUUAAUCAAAACCUCAUCCAGAAAUAUCUGCAGCUGCCAUGAUUACUUUUUCAGUUGCUCAUACUUGUACGUGUAACUAUUGAACAUCCAUGUCAGUAAUAAAUAUAUUUGACAUGUUUUCAGUUACUUCAGGGUUAUGAUAUUUGUUGUAAUCCUGGAAAUGAUUCUGUUCAGUGGUGCCAUAGCAACAAAUGUAAAAACAAUGGGCCAAAAACUGACUCUUCAAUAUACUUCUUAAUUUUUGUUUUUUGUUUUGUUUGUAUUUUUUUUUUUUCAUUCAGAGCCUGUAAAUGUAUAUUCAUAAUAACAAUAUAAUAAGAGCUUAUAAUGUGGGAAAUUUAAAUGUUUUAAAAUGUUGCACAGUAUUUUCAUUCAUCAUACAAUUUAAUAUAAUUCUUGAUGUUAAUAUUUUGAUAAUAAAGUAUGAUAUAUUGUAUAUCAUUCCUUUAUGCUAUUUAUGCUAUCUUAUAUUUUAUGUUUGGGUUGUACAUCGCCACUGAAUCAAGAACUUUUUGUAUAACCUGCUCUCUUCUCUAAGACCAACACAUAAUCUCAACUACAA